AUGGAAGAAGAUGGAGAUGGGGAAGACCUGACACCGUUCUGGGUCCAGAGCAGCUCCAAUCUCCGCCGUGCUGACCGCCUCCGCCGUGGUGUAUCCGGCGCGUUCUUUAGCUCAGGGCUGGUGGUUUUUCUUCUGCUGGUAACAGCUGUUUGUUUCUUGGUUUUUGUAGUGCCCUCUACUCUGUCUUUUAGUGCUCAGAUCUUUAGGCCGAAUAGUGUGAGGAAAAGUUGGGAUUCUUUGAACAUUGUGCUUGUUUUGGUUGCUGUAGUGUUUGGUUUUCUUAGCAGAAACAAGAAUGAGGAUAGGUUUUCAUAUUAUGAUGAAUUUCAAGCUUCUUCCAGUAAGCAGAAUCAGUCCCAGAAGUCCAACCCAUCUACGCCCAACAAGUGGUAUGAGGGACAGACAUCAAAUCUUGCAACUUCAAACCAAUGGUAUGAAGAUUCUGAUUAUCAGGCUAAAUUGGAGCGCAGAAAUUCCUUCUUGAGAAGGAAUAGCAGCUCAUACCCCGAUCUGCGUGAAUUUUCUUCCUUCCAUUGGUCUUAUGGAGAUUAUCAGAGGAGAUUUUAUGAUGAUUUUCAUGUUGAUCCGGGUCGGGUUCCGGAUCCGGGACAGCUACACCGCCGCCACCGGAGUUUGGAAGAAGUUGAUUAUCUCAGAGCAGCGCCGCAGACGAAGGCUAUUAUUGUUGAUACAUUGGUGAGUAAAUCUAAGGAAGCUGCAAAUUUGCUGCCGCCACUGCCACCAGCUCAACCGCCGCCGGCAGUACCUCAUCCAGAAGAAAUGUCGGAUGGUACGGAAGAAAGAGCAGCACCUGAAAGCGACAGAUCAAGCAGGAAAAAGGAAGAAGAUUCGGAACCUCCCGUUACAGCAAGGAAGCCACCUCCACCGCCUGCGGCGGCGGCGGCAGAGUCGCCAGACUCGUCACAAGUGCUGGAAAAUCCAAGGCGUACAUAUGAAAGAGUGCCACGAAAAAAGGAGAGAUCAAGUAGAAAACCGAACAAACAAAUGGAACCAACAAGACGCAUUGUGACACCACCACCACCUUCUCCUCCGCCGCCUCCUCCUCCUCCUCUGCCUCCACCCCAGCAAAAGAGCAGCAAAAGAGGCGGGGGAACGGGAAGCGCAACUAAAGAUUUCUUGAAUUCCCUUUACCACAAGAAGAAGAAGAAGCAAAGACAGAAGAGCGUUGAUAAUUUGGAUUCUCUUCUUCACGAAGCUCAAGCUCCUCUAAGCUUCCAGCUCCCGCCACCAUCGCCGCCUCCUCCACCUCCGCCUCCACCUCCGCCACCAUCAGUCUUCCAAAAUCUGUUCUCUUCGAAAAAGCAAAAACGAAAGAGAACCAUAACAGUCACACUGGCACCCCAUCCACCAUCUCUACCUACACGUCAACCAGAACCCACUUCCCGGACCGCGCCAUUGCCCACUAGCAAGCCACCGAAACCCAUAAAGAUGAUCUUCGAUAAAUUAGAGGAAAAUUCAAACAGCGGCGGCGAAUCCCCGCUCCAUCGUAUUCCGCCUGCCCCACCUCCGCCGCCUCCGGGGUUCUUCAAAAGCCCGGCAUGGAAGUUUGUAGUGCAAGGAGACUACGUCAGGAUCAACAGCAACACCAGCUCCAGGAGCGGGUCCCCGGACCUAGACGACCCGGAUUCCGACGUCACGCCCUCCUCCGUGGACGGCGGCGGCGCAACGCCAUUCCAUCCAUCGCCAUUGUUCUGCCCGAGCCCAGACGUGAACACGAAAGCUGAGAGCUUCAUCACUAACUUCCGGGCCAAAUUGAAGCUUGAGAAGAUCCAUUCCAUGAAGAAAAGAGAAGUGGGCUUGUCUGGUCUAGGCCCAGGCCCAGCUUCAGGCCCAAGUCAGAUUUAA